GGUUGUGGGCCAUUACCCUUGGCAAGAUGGCGGUGUUUGCCGGUUUUGGUGACUGUGACCAAGUCUGUUUUCGUGUAUAUUGCGGUUAGAAGCCUCUUAGCUGUCCAUACGCUUUGACGUGGAGUAGACUGGUUUGGUGUGUUUGGUGCUCGAAUUGACUUGGCAAGAAGUGCUUUUCCUGAGCGCUUCUCCUGCUCCGCUCCCAUUAUAUUUUUCUCUCUGCCUAAUAAAAUGGCAACCAUGGAGAAAUUGAUGAAGGCCUUCGAGUCACUAAAGUCAUUCCAGCAGGGACCGUCCAGUGAGGAGCCGGGGCAGAAACCGAAGAAAGAAUCUGCCACAACGAAAAAGGACCGUGUAACUCACUGCCUGACUAUAUGUGAAAACAUUGUUGCACAGUCGCUUAGAAACUCACCAGAAUUUCAGAAGCUUUUGGGGAUUGCUAUGGAAAUGUUUCUGCUGUGCUGUGAUGACGCAGAGUCUGAUGUCCGAAUGGUCGCAGAUGAAUGCUUAAAUAAAAUUAUUAAGCAGGCCUUAACUGACUCAAAUCUGCCUCGGUUACAACUAGAAUUGUAUAAAGAAAUUAAAAAGAAUGGCCCACCAAGGAGUUUACGGGCUGCACUUUGGCGGUUUGCUGAGCUGGCUCACCUUGUCCGUCCGCAGAAGUGUAGGCCAUACCUUGUGAACCUUCUUCCCUGUCUGGCUCGGAUCAGCAAGCGGUCAGAAGAAUCAGUGCAGGAGACACUUGCUACUGCUGUGCCAAAGAUCAUGAUGGCUCUGGGAAACUUUGCAAAUGAUAGUGAAAUCAAGAUGCUACUGAAGACCUUUAUUGGGAACCUUAAAUCAAGUUCACCAACCAUUCGUAGGACUGCAGCCAGCUGUGCAGUGAGCAUCUGUCAACAUUCGAGAAAAACCCAGUACUUCUACACUUGGUUGUUGAAUGUGCUUUUAGGCUUUAUGAUCCCUGUGGAAGAUGACCGACCCACUCCGCUUAUUCUGGGAGUUAUGCUCACCUUGCGGUACCUGAUGCCCUUACUGCGGCAGCAAGUGAAGGACACUAGUCUACGAGGCAGCUUUGGUGUGACUCGGAAGGAGGCUGAAAUUUCUCCAUCCUUGGACCAGCUUGUACAGGCUUAUGAAUUGACAUUACACUACACCCAGCACAGGGAUCACAAUGUGGUGACGGCGGCUUUGGAAAUGCUGCAGCAAUUGUUCCGUACCCCACCUCCCGAUCUGCUCCGGGCCCUGACUUCUGCUGGCAGCAUUACUAAAGUUAGCAUUGCUCGUGAUGAUGUCUCAAACCGUGUUCGCAGCGGCAGUAUCGUCGAACUCAUAGCUGGAGGGGGUUCUCCAUGCAGUCCAGUUAUCCUCAGGAAGCAGAAAGGUAAAAUGGUUUCCGGAGAAGAGGACGGGCUUGAAGAUGAUCCGGAGACCCGGUCAGAGGUCAGCUCAGCUACUUUUCCAGGUUCAAUGAACAGUGAAGUUGAUGUUCCAUCUCCUUCAGGGGUUUCAAACUUGGGGUCGACAAACCCACUUCCAGAAACUGCUGGACAUGAUAUCAUCACUCAGCAGCCACGUUCUCAGCAUACUCUGCAGUCUGCAGAGUCUGUCGAUCUCAAUAGUUCAGCGACAUCGGACUUGACAGGCCUUGCAGUUGAAGGGGACGUUGAUGAGGCACUGAGCCGAAGUUCCAGCCAGAUCAGCACCAUUCAGUCAGAUACCAAUGUAGACCAGAACGAUAGGACCAAUCAGGCCAUAUCUCCGCUCAGCGAGAGCUCGCAGACCACCGAGGGCCCAGAUUCAGCUGUGACCCCAUCCGACAGUUCUGAGCUUGUACUCGAUGGGACAGAUAGUCAGUAUUCGGCUAUGCAGAUUGGACAGCUUCAAGAUGAGGAGGAGGAUACACCAAAUACUCCUGGAGAUGCACUUCUUGACAGUUUUGCAACUUCCACCCUCGCAGUAAACAAAUCUCAUUUGUUAAGUCACAUGGGCCACAGCCGGCAGUCCUCUGACAGCAGUGUUGAUCGUUUUGUCUCGAAGGAUGACUGCGUUGAGUCAGCAGAUCUUGAUACCAAGCCAUGCCGGAUAAAAGGAGACAUUGGUCAUUAUACGGAUGAGAAUGCUGCCCCUUUGGUCCAUUGUGUUCGUCUGCUUAGUGCAUCAUUUCUUUUAACGGGGCAGAAGAAUGGUCUUAUACCCGACAGAGAAGUGAGGGUCAGUGUCAAAGCAUUGGCAGUGAGUUGUGUUGGAGCAGCAAUUGGACUUCAUCCUGAAGCUUUCUUCAAUAAACUGUACAGGACCCCACUUGAAGUUCUCGAGAGUCAGGAGGAGCAGUGUAUUUCGGAUAUUUUAAAGUAUGUCGACCAUGGAGAUCCACAGAUAAGAGGCGCCACUGCCCUUCUGUCUUCAGCCUUCAUUCACUCUGUUCUGACCAAGACCCGGUUUCAUCCAGAAAAUUGGCUUGCCAUAGUACGAAGCACAACAGGAUGUGGAAUCUCAUUGGAGGAUUGUGUGCCUUUACUUCAGAAAACACUGAAAGAUAAAUCAUCUGUAACUUGCAAACUGGCCUGUGCUGCAGUCCGGCACUGUAUCACAAGCCUUUGCAAUAGCAGCUAUAGCGAGUUGGGUUUACAGCUCACAAUUGACCUCUUGACCUUGAAAAAUAACUCUUACUGGCUAGUGAGGACCGAGCUAUUAGAAACUCUGGCUGAAAUGGACUUCAGGCUAGUUGGCUUUUUGGAGAGGAAAACAGUGGAACUUCAUAGAGGUCAACAUCACUACACUGGGAUGUUGAAGCUACAGGAACGAGCUGUUAAUGAUGUCAUCAUUCAUUUGCUUGGAGAUGAGGAUCCAAGGGUACGACAUGUGGCAGCGACAACACUUGUGAGGCUGAUACCUCGUCUCUUUUUUGAUUGUGACCAGGGACAGUCGGAUCCGGUGGUAGCUGUAGCCAGAGACCAAAGCAGUGCAUAUCUGCAGCUUCUUAUGCAUGAGACUCAAUCUCCAUCUCACCUUGCAGUUAGUACGAUCACCAGAGCUUACAGGGGAUUUAACAUUUCACAAAGCACCACUGAUGUGACGAUAGAGAACAAUCUGUCCCGUGUCAUCACUGCGGUGUCUCAUGCAUUGACCUCGUCUACCUCCAGAGCACUUAUACUUGGUUGCUGUGAAGCUUUGUCUUUGCUCUCCUUGAACUAUCCUGUGUGUAACUGGUGCAUCGGUUGGCACUGUGGCUAUACGACCAACAGCUCUCAAGCAUCCAGAAGCCAUCUGUACAAGAACAGGGGGCGUUCAUUCAGUUUAUCACAGAACAGUCCGACGGAUGAACCCCGUAAAAACUGUACUGUCGGGAUGGUCAAUAUGAUACUGUCUCUGCUUUCCUCGGCCUGGUUUCCUUUGGACCUUUCCUCCCAUCAAGAUGCCUUAGUAUUGUCUGGAAACCUGCUGGCAGCUGUUGCACCCAAAUCACUGAAGAAUCCGUGGGGCAAUGAAGAUGAUGCUAGUACAACCACCAAACCUGAAGAGUCAUGGCCUGCCUUGGCUGACAGGACCUUGGUUGUGAUGGUGGAACAACUAUUCUCUCACCUAAUGAAAGUCAUCAAUAUCUGUGCACAUGUCAUCGAUGAUGUUGCACCUGGCCCUGUGUUGAAGGCAACUCUCCCUUCACUUGCCAAUACACCAUCCCUCAGUCCAAUCAGACGCAAGGGAAAGGAGAAGGAGUCAGCAGAGCAGGCAACUGCACCAAUGAGUCCAAAGAAAAUUACUGAAUCCAACCCAGCUGCCAGGCCUGCGGAUGCUGUUGGAGCUGCACCAACAAGCAAAUCUACCUCGCUUGGCAAUUUUUACCACCUGCCUCCAUAUCUGAAGUUGCAUGACGUCUUGAAGGCAACGUAUGCAAAUUACAAGGUUACUCUGGAUCUUCAGAACAAUAAUGAAAAGUUUGGCAGUUUCUUGCGAGGAGCUUUGGAUGUUUUAUCUCAGCUUCUCGAGAUUGCAACAUUGCCGGACAUUGGGAAGUGUGUGGAAGAGAUCCUUGGCUAUCUGAAGUCCUGUUUCAGCAGGGAACCCAUGGCAGCCACUAUCUGUGUACAGCAGUUAUUGAAGACGCUGUUUGGAACAAAUCUAGCAUCACAAUAUGAUGGCUCCUCUUCCAAUCCCAGCAAAUCCCAAGGAAAAGUGCAGCGCUUGGGCUCUUCCAAUUUGAGGCCAGGUCUAUACCACUACUGUUUUAUGGCUCCCUAUACGCACUUCACCCAAGCACUAGCUGAUGCCAGUCUAAGGAACAUGGUCCAAGCAGAACCUGAGCAGGACACAUCUGGAUGGUUUGAUGUGCUGCAGAAGGUUUCUUCACAAAUGAAAGUCAGCCUGACAAAUGUAACCAGGCAUCGAACUGAUAAGAACGCAAUUCACAACUACAUCCGGCUUUUUGAGCCUCUGGUCAUCAAGGCCUUGAAGCAGUACACCACAACCACUUCAGUCCAUCUGCAAAGACAAGUGCUUGAUUUGUUGGCUCAGUUGGUACAACUCAGGGUGAACUACUGCCUACUUGAUUCAGAUCAGGUAUUCAUUGGGUUUGUUCUGAAGCAAUUUGAAUACAUUGAGGUGGGCCAAUUUAGGGAAUCCGAGGCCAUCAUUCCAAACAUAUUUUUCUUCUUGGUAUUGCUGUCAUAUGAGCGUUAUCACUCCAAGCCAAUCAUUGGAAUUCCCAAAAUUAUCCAACUGUGCGAUGGGAUCAUGGCCAGCGGUCGGAAAGCUGUUACACAUGCAAUCCCGGCACUGCAGCCAAUAGUUCAUGAUCUGUUUGUACUGCGAGGGACCAAUAAAGCUGAUGCUGGCAAGGAACUGGAUACGCAGAAAGAAGUGGUAGUUUCUAUGUUGCUGAGACUCAUCCAAUACCAUCAGGUCCUGGAAAUGUUAAUUCUGGUGUUGCAACAGUGUCACAAGGAGAAUGAGGAUAAGUGGAAACGUCUUUCGCGCCAGAUAGCUGACAUGAUUCUACCUUUGCUGGCUAAACAGCAGAUGCAUCUGGAUUCACAUGAAGCCUUAGGUGUGCUGAAUACACUCUUCGAGACAGUGGCACCCUCGUCCCUGCGACCUGUUGACAUGUUGCUGAAGAGUAUGUUUGCAAUACCAUGCACCCUGGCAUCAGUUGGAACAGUUCAGCUUUGGAUAUCAGGUAUCCUAGCUAUCCUGCGGGUCCUCAUUUCUCAGUCCACCGAGGAUAUUGUCCUAUCACGGGUUCAAGAAUUGGCCUUGUCCCCUUAUUUGAUUUCCUGCCAGAACAUAACUUUGUUGAGGGACCGAGGGAAUCUGACUGCCCCACCAGAGGAACCGAAUGAAGACACACAGAGUAAACAUCUCCCGGAAGAAACUUUUGCCAGGUUCCUGUUGCAGAUGGUGGGGAUCCUCCUUGAAGACAUUGUGAAUAAGCAGUUGAAAGUGGACAUGAGUGAGCAGCAGCACUCCUUUUAUUGUCAGCAGAUUGGCACUCUGCUUAUGUGUCUCAUACACAUCUUCAAGUCAGGAAUGUUUAGAAGAAUCACAGCAGCUGCCACUAGAUUGAUUGUAGGGAACGGCUUUGAUGGAAGCUUUUACACAUUGGAAAGUUUGAAUGCCUUGGUUCAAUCCAUAAUUCCCACUCACCCGUCUUUAGUACUGCUGUGGUGCCAAAUCCUACUGCUUGUGAACUACACAAACUACAGCUGGUGGUCAGAGGUGCAUCAGACACCAAAGAGGCACAGCUUGUCGAGCACUAAGUUGCUGAGUCCUCAGAUAUCUGAAAAUGAAGAUUCAAAAUCUGUGUCUAAGUUGGGUGUGUGCAAUAGGGAAAUAGUUCGAAGAGGAGCCCUCAUUCUUUUCUGUGAUUAUGUGUGUCAAAACCUUCAUGAUUCUGAGCACCUGACUUGGCUGAUAGUCAACCAUGUCCAAGAUCUUAUCAAUCUUUCUCAUGAACCUCCAGUACAAGAUUUUAUCAGUGCUGUUCAUCGUAACUCUGCUGCCAGUGGCCUUUUCAUUCAAGCUAUCCAGUCCCGAUGUGACAAUCUUGCAACACCAACUAUGUUAAAGAAGACCCUGCAAUGCUUGGAGGGGAUCCACCUCAGCCAGUCAGGGGCAGUCUUGAUGUUAUACAUUGAUAAGCUCAUCAGCACACCUUUCCGAGUCCUGGCACGGAUGGUGGACACCCUGGCUUGCCGGCGAGUUGAGAUGCUUUUGGCCGAAAGUUUGCAGAAUAGCGUUGCCCAAGUGCCCCGUGAAGAGUUGGAAAGGAUUCAGCGUUAUCUACAGACAACAUGCCUUGCUCAAAGACACCAAAGAUUGUACUCCCUACUGGACAGGUUCCGUACAACAGUUGCCGCAGACACAGUGAGCCCUUCUCCAAUCAUAACCUCUCACCCACUGGAUGGAGAUAAGCUCUCUUCCAUGGAAUCUAUCAUUGUGGACAAGGACUGGUAUGUUUUGCUUAUUAAAUGGCAAUGCUGCAACAAGUUAAAUACUGCUUUAAUGGAAUGCACUGAAUUACUCAAUAAACUGCCUGAAGAUGACCUCCGCUCUGUCAUGACUGCUAAGGAGUUCAACCUGAACCUUCUGAUGCCCUGCUUAGCUUUUGGUUUGUGUGGAAUCUCUGCAGAUCAAACUAGCGUGCUUUUUGAAACUGCCAGGAGAGUCACCUUGGACCAUGUGGCAUUCCAUGUCCAGCACCUUCCUGGCAAACAUCAGGUGUUCCAAAGGCUGUGUCCUUCUCCCCAUUCCUCUUAUUGGAAUAAGAUUGGUGAGCUUUACGGGGAUAUGCAGUUCUAUCAUUCAGUUAUUAGUCUGUGCAAUGCCAUGGCUCAGUACCUUCUCUCUCUACCCAAACUGCCACCAUCUCUUCAGAUUCCCACCGAAAAACAGGCUGAUAUUGCCAGCUUCAUGGUCUUGUCUCUGGAGGCACUGUGUUGGCAGUUGAUGCACGAUCAGGUUCCAUUAAGUCUGGAUUUACAAGCUGCUCUGGAUUGUUGCUGCUUAGUUUUGCAGCAGCCUGACAUUUGGAACCUGCUGGCCUCGGUGACCUAUGUAACUCAAGCUUGCUCGGUUAUCAACUGCAUCCGGUUCAUCAUUGAAGCAAUGGCAGUUGAGCCAGGAGAGCAGCUGCUUUUGCAUGAGGAGAGGAGAAAGUCAAAUCCUGAUGAGACUACAGUUGUAGAUGAGGAGAGUGAGGAUGUGUUUGAGCGAUCCAAGUGCAUUACGAACGCCUGUAAUGUGAUGACUGAAAUGGUGGAGUGUCUCCAGACAGUACUGUCCUUUGGGCAUGCCAGCAACACGCGAAUCCCAGCAUUCCUGAACCCAACUCUUAGGAAUAUUGGUAUUAGCUUAGCCAGGCUUCCUCUAGUUAACAGCUACACCCGUACCCCUCCAUUGGUGUGGAAGUUGGGAUGGUCACCACAAACUGCGGGUGAAUUGGGUACAACUCUUCCUGAAAUUCCAGUUGAUUUUCUACAGGAAAAGGAAGUCUUCAAAGAGUUCAUCUAUAGGAUAAACGUUCUUGGGUGGACAAGCCGCACUCAGUUUGAGGAAACCUGGGCAACCCUGCUUGGUGUUCUUGUGACUCAACCACUAGCAAUGGACCAGGAGGAGGAAGUUCCACAAGAGGAGGACACAGAGAGGACCCAGAUUAAUAUUCUUGCCGUGCAAGCAAUAACAUCCUUAGUGCUAAGUGCUAUGUCAAUUCCAGUGGCAGGGAAUCCAGCCACCAGCUGUCUCGAACAUCAGCCUCGUAAUAAAGCUCUGAAGGCUCUGGAUACAAGGUUCGGGCGAAAAUUGAGUGUCAUUCGAGGAAUAGUGGAGAAGGAAAUCCAAGCAAUGGUAUCAAAAAGGGAUAACAUAGCAACACACUACCCUUAUCAAGCGUGGGAUCCUGUUCCAUCCCUUUCCCAUUCAACAUCUGGUGUCCUGAUAAGCCAUGAAAAGCUUUUACUGCAGAUAAACAUGGAACGGGAAAUGGGGAACAUGGAUUAUAAACUAGGGCAGGUCUCCAUUCAUUCCGUUUGGUUAGGUAACAACAUAACCCCUUUGAGAGAAGAGGAGUGGGAUGAAGACGAGGAAGAUGAAAGUGAUGUGCCUGCUCCAUCGUCACCUCCAACCUCUCCAAUUAACUCCAGGAAACAUCGAGCUGGAGUUGACAUUCAUUCAUGCUCUCAAUUCUUGUUGGAACUGUACAGUCAGUGGGUCCUUCCCACAAACACUGGCAAGAAAACCCCUGUUGUCCUGGUCAGUGAAGUGGUGAGAUCGCUUUUGGCAGUCUCAGAUUUGUUUACGGAGAGAACCCAGUUUGAGAUGAUGUACAACACUCUGACAGAACUUCAGAAAAUUCAUCCUGCGGAAGAUGAGAUUCUAAAUCAGUAUCUGGUUCCUGCUAUUUGCAAAGCAGCAGCUGUUCUGGGCAUGGAUAAGGCCAUAGCAGAACCAAUAAGUCGUCUGUUAGAGACCACAAUGCGGAGUACUCACAUGCCAUCUCGAAUAGGAGCACUGCAUGGAAUCCUCUACAUUCUGGAGUGUGAUCUACUGGAUGAGACAGCAAAGCAGCUCAUUCCGACCAUUAGUGUUUACCUGCUGGCCAACCUGCGUGGCAUUGCCCACUGUGUCAACAUUCACAACCAACAACAUGUGUUGGUCAUGUGUGCAACGGCUUUUUACCUCAUUGAAAACUAUCCGCUUGAUGUGGGCCAUGAAUUUACUGCAGGCAUCAUUCAGAUGUGUGGAGUAAUGGUUUCUGGCAGUGAGGAAUCCACACCUUCCAUAAUCUACCACUGUGUCUUGCGUGGGAUGGAAAGACUUCUUCUCUCGGAGCAGCUUUCACGUUUGGAUGGAGAAGCCUUGGUGAAGCUCAGUGUGGAUAGAUUAAACAUGCACAGCCCUCAUCGAGCCAUGGCUGCCCUAGGACUGAUGCUAACCUGCAUGUAUACAGGCAAAGAAAAGAGCAGCCCGAGUCAGAGCUCGGAAACCGAUAGCACAGUACCAGACAACGAAUCCGUUAUUGUGGCAAUGGAGCGGGUUUCCGUCCUCUUUGACAGAAUCAGGAGGGGCUUCCCUUGUGAGGCAAGGGUUGUGGCACGCAUCCUUCCACAGUUCCUUGAUGACUUCUUCCCACCUCAAGACGUGAUGAACAAAGUUAUUGGAGAAUUUAUUUCCAACCAGCAGCCCUACCCACAGUACAUGGCCACAGUGGUUUACAAGGUAUUUCAGACUUUACACAAUACUGGGCAGUCUUCCAUGGUGAGGGAUUGGGUAAUGCUAUCGCUUUCAAACUUCACACAACGAACACCAAUAGCAAUGGCAAUGUGGAGCCUCUCCUGCUUCUUCGUUAGUGCUUCAACCAGUGCAUGGAUCUCAGCUCUCCUCCCCCACAUUAUCAGCCGAAUGGGUAAGGCUGAACAAGUGGAUAUAAAUCUCUUCUGCUUGUUGGCAAUGGACUUCUACAGGAAACAGAUUGAUGAGGAGCUGGAUCGCCGUGCCUUCCAGUCAGUCUUUGAAAUGGUGGCGACCCCUGGCAGCCCCUAUCGCCAGCUGUUGACUUGCUUGCAAAGCAUUCACCAAGUUGCUCAAUUCUGAAUGGCAGCAUCUGGAGACUUGGAGGACUUUGUAAACAUAGCAGUGGUACACGGGGGAACGGGACAAGACAAGAAUCCCUUUCUAACAAUCUCAGUAUUCUCGAGUCACACUCCCAGCAUGUUCCUUCCAAAUGUCCUGACUGUUCAGUUGUUGUAAUGUGGUUGUAUGUCGAAUUUAGUGCAUAUAAUCACAAAAUGUUAAUCUUCUCAGGAUGUAAGAUGUGGUAUAUAAGUAAAACUGUCUUUUAAUCGAAGAUUUAUAUAUCAUGUAAAGUAUGUACAAUUCUAAAACCUGUGGUGCAUGAAUUUACCCCAUAAUUUGCAAUGAACAAAAUCAUUAUGUUGAAUAUCUUCCGUGUCUGUCCUUGGCUGUGGAUGAAGUUUUGAGUGCAUUUUAAGAACAGGUGUGACUGUGGUGAAUGAGUGAAUAUUUAUUUUGAUUUGAUGCAGGCCCAUAAUGCACCAUUGAGUUCACAACUUUCAUCAAAUGGCGUUUGAUAUCUUAAUGAAAGUAUGUGUCUAUGUACUAUACAAAGAAAAUAUAUUUAUUAUUAGCUGUGAAGUUAAAGACAUAUCAUGGUCUGGUAUUCAGAUCACAUUUGAUAGGGCAAAAUGAAUCAAUUCUAUCAAGAUGAUGUAUUUGGUGGAAAAUGAAAUCUAGUAUGUGGGUUUGAUAUUAUGAGGUUAAACAUUACAGUAAGUCAAGAGUUUAUAACUGUUAAUCUCAACAUAAGUCCAUGUUCAAAUUAGUCUCUCUUCCAUAUCUGAACUUCCAUAACAUUUCCAAAAAUCUUUUUGUUUGUCAUUUUUGUGGCUGUGGUUUUAAAAUGACAUCAGAUUAGAGUAAGAAACCUAUGAUGGAUUACUGUAGCAAAACUCUGAAAAUGUUAACAAAUUGAACUUUGGUCAUUUUGUGAAGGCUCAAUUUGUUUGCAAUUUUUUUCCACAUCAGAGAUUUGAAGUGCAGGUGAACGUAUAAAACACAAACUUGGCUAAUCAUGCAGUUACUGAUUUAAAUCAUCAUUUCAGCGUAUAAUUCUAUUUUAGGUGUUAGAAAAAUCAACCUUGGAAAUGCUUAAGUCAAGAAGUAAUCUUGUUUUCUUUUGUCAAAAUAUAAGGUUUGUAUUUCUUUUGAUAUCUACAUCAAGAAUUUUCAUUUUAAGAUGAAUGUGUGUGAAUGCAUCUUUUCAUAUCUGCUUCCGCAUGUCUAAUACUGGGACGGACACUUGCACAUGUUGAUGAGAACAGUGGAUUAAAUGGCAGGGCCACCAGGUUUGUUCAAGUAUGAUGAUGUUUGCUUAAUGGUCGGGAUUGGGGGAAGGGGCUUGCGGGAAGGUUGGCGGGCGGGUGGGCAGGAGUGGGAUAAGAAUUUGAAUUUUUAUUGUAGUUUCCAAAUUUAAUGCUGUACAACCUGUGCUUCUGACAAUGUUAUUUAAAUAUUGCUGACAAUAACUAACAAACUUAGACUUGGCCAGUUCUUACCAUAACAAAGUGGAAAUUUCCUCAUGGUAUGUAUUGUGACAACCUCCUGCCUCUGAGUGUCAUACUGUUGCUGUGUCCCGUGUUAGACUGUCUAUUUUUAUUUAUAUAUACAUAUAUAUCGCUGAACAGACUGUCAAUAGUAAUACAGGUAUGGUGGAGCUGCUUCAAAAUUCCACAAAAAGACUCUUGAUCUGACAAUGUUUAUACAAUGGCAAUGACAGACAAAUGGCUGGAGCUCUUGUAUUAAGUGUUAGUCCUCAUAGUAUCCAUUAAAACAUAAUUGAAAUGUUGCAUUUUAAUUCUAAAUGACUUAAUUUGCACUUUGAAAAAUAAAAUAACUUACUGAAA